GCUACUGCAGCACCUCCAAUCCUCAAUUCUCAUCCUGACUUCGGUUUACUUGUCUUCUGUCUCGAGCCCAGUGUCUGUGUUGAUGUUUAUCCUUUCAGCUGUUAGUUUAAUCAAAGUAUUGUUUCUAGUGUCAGGCGGCAAAACGCGACUCGGUCACAAGAAAUUCAAUUCGAAUUAAAAUUUGAAAACUAGAGAAAUCAACAACUUUUACUUAAGACUAAUUAUUGAAUCGCAAUAUUCGUAUUUUGACUAGUUUAUAAGUUCUCAGGUUCUCAGCGAUUAGAUAACGCGUGUUCUCGCGGUAAGGUGGCACACUAGAUAAUGUGUUUGGCUUAUCUUCAAGUAUACCGCUUAUCUACGAUAAGAUAAAAGUGUGCCGCUACAGCGUCGUCAGUACCAGGCCUGCCCAUGCCGACUCAGCAUGCCGCUCUUCAGCAGUAAGAAGUUGCUGAAGGAUAACCUCAGUAACGGCGGGGUACAUCAGCAGCACGACCUGCCGCCUCCCAAGUCCUCCCCUCAGCAAGUCAAUGGGGUUGUGAGGAGUCCAGGGGACGUGGCCAUGGCUACCGAACAUAAGCCGAAACUUGUCUUCCACUGCCAACAGGCCCAAGGCAGCCCCACGGGCCUCAUCUCGGGAUUCUCGAACGUGAAGGAACUCUACCAAAAGAUUUCCGAGUGUUAUGAUUUUCCCGCCGAAGAGAUCCUGUUCUGCACACUCAACACCCACAAGAUAGACAUGACUAAGCUGCUGGGCGGCCAGAUAGGGUUAGAUGACUUCAUAUUUGUACACAGGAAAGGUCGGCCAAAAGAAAUAGAGUUGAGGAAGACAGAGGAAGCUUUGGGUCUGACUAUCACAGACAAUGGAGCUGGCUAUGCAUUCAUCAAAAGGAUAAAGGAGAACAGUGUCAUUGAUGGAAUUGAGUACAUUCAGGUGGGAGACCACAUAGAGAGGAUAAAUUCAGAGAGCCUGGUCGGCAAGAGACACUUUGAGGUAGCCAAGAUGCUCAAAGAGAUCCCCAGAGACACUGUCUUCACCAUUAGACUUGUUGAGCCUCUUAAGGCAGGCUUUUCAAAUAUUGAUUCACGUGGCAACUCACGCAGAGGCAAGAAGCCAGGGUACGGCUCAGGCAAGGAGACUCUGCGGUUAAAGGCUGAUGGGAAGGCCCAUGUUCAACAAGUGAGUACAGCCAUGCAGCAAGGAAUCGAUAGUAUCAACCAACUGCUUGAGGGCUUCAUGGGCAUUAACGACUCUGAAUUAGCCACUCAGAUCUGGGAAUAUGCUGAGAACAAGACCAACAGCUCAGAUUUUGCUGAUGCCAUUGACAACUCAGACUUACAGGACUUUGGCUUCACAGACGACUUCAUCAUCGAGUUGUGGGGUGUCAUCACAGACGCUCGCUCGGGCCGACUCAAGCCAGAGGUCUUCUGAGACCUUAUGCAUCAUUGUUACCAUUCUUGUUGUGAAUAGACACUGCACAUUAUUCUUAAAAUGGUUUACAUCAUACUAUCGCUGUAUGCUUAUAUAUUUUCAGCCUUGUACAUAUUUUGUAAGUUUUUAACCAUUUGAAAACCAGCCUUGCUGUGAAAAUUGUGACAUCUAUUAAAGAUUUUAAAGUUUGUUGUGUAA